AGAAAUGAGUUUAACAACAAAAUACACAUAGUACAUAACAAAUGUGUGACGAACAAUGGCACCGCCCAGUAGAAAAGAAUAUGAAAUAAUUGUAACAUUGCUAAUAAUUUUUUUGAGUGACAUUGUGGGGCUAGGACAAUAUGAUCACUAUACAAGUUAUUCUAGUGGAUAUCCACCAAAUGUACAAAAUCCAUAUAAUGAAUAUGGUCCACGAUUACCAUACAAUCCCAAUAAUCCUUUCGAUAAUAGAGUUACUUAUGUAUACAAAGGUAGAAGGUAUGGACAAAACUAUAAUACAAAUUAUUAUAAUCAAGGUAGACCUGGCGACCCCAGAAUUAAAGGACAGGAUGAGAGAUUUACCUAUGACAGGGCGGGGAAUGCCGAACCUAUUUUGCCUGGUAUAUUAGGUAGUUGGAGAGAAGAUUUGCAAGGCAAAGCACGAGAACAAACUAGAGAACAACCUCGUGAUGUUUUUGUUGAAACAAGUCAUGGUACUGUACAAGGUUUUCAAGUAUAUCUUUUUGACAAUCCAGACCCAGAAUCAUUGUACAGACCGGGAGCUGAGUUUAUUGAGAGACAACAAGGCAUAGUUAGUACUUUCCUUGGAAUACCGUAUGCUCAACCACCUGUUCUUGAAGGAAGGUUUAAGCCUCCAAGACUUCAUAGGGGAUGGCAAAUAAUGCAAGCUGUUGAUUUUGGCCCAGCAUGUCCUCAACCUAUUAAAUAUACUGGAGUUAAUUUUGGAAUAAGGGAUGUGGAUGAGGACUGCUUAUACCUUAAUGUUUUCACUCCAGAUAUAACUAAAGGAACUGGACAUAAAUAUCCAGUGAUGUUUUACAUUCAUGGAGGUGACUUUAUAAAGGGAGCUUCUAACACUUUUCCUGGUCACAUAUUAGCCACUUUUUACAAAGUAGUUGUUGUAACAAUCAAUUACCGUUUAGGUGCCUUAGGUUUCCUUAGUACAGGAGACGUUAACUCACCAGGAAACUAUGGAAUACUUGACCAAGCCAUGGCAUUAAGAUGGAUAUAUGAUAAUGCUGGCAGCUUUAAUGGAGACAGAAACAGUAUUACUUUGUUUGGGCCUGGUGCUGGUGCUGCAUCUGCUGGAUUGCUCAUGGUUGCACCUCAAACCAGACAUAUUGUAACCCAAGUAAUUGCUCAAAGUGGAUCAGCUGUAGCAGACUGGGCAAUGAUUUUUGACAAAUAUAGAGCCCAAAAUACAAGUAGAGUUUUUGGGCGUCAAAUUGGUUGUAGUAUAGAAUCAUCAUGGAAACUAGUAAAUUGUCUAAAAAAUUCUAGAAGUGCCUAUGAAAUAGGGAAUGCAGAAUUUCCACCAGAAGUGGGUCUGUUUCCUUGGGCGCCUGUGAUAGAAAUGAAUGUAUCUAUGCCUUUUUAUGAAGGUUGGUAUGAAAAAGACUGGCACUUUAUAACUGAAAGUGUUGAAACUUUAAUUAAAAAGAGGGCUUUCAAUCAAGGUUUACGAUAUAUGUCAAGUGUUACUCUACAGGAAGCAGCAGGAUUCAUUACUUCAAAUAAGACAUUGGAACCAAAUUUUAUUGUAACACAAGAAUUUUUUGAUCUAAAAGUGAAAGAACUGGUUUUACGAUAUAAUUAUACACUUAAUCCCUAUGGAAUAUUUGAUGCAAUAAAAUAUAUGUAUACAUAUUGGCCUGAUCCUACUAAUGUUACACAUAUUCGCAAUGAAUACAUACAACUCCUUUCUGACUUCUUAUAUACAGCUCCUAAUGAUAAAAUUGUAAAAUUACUAAUUGAUCAAAACGUACCAGUUUACAUGUAUGUUUUAAACACCACAAUAGAAUCAUUUAAUUUGGAAGAAUGGAGGAAAGUACCACAUAAUAUUGAACAUUAUCUUCUAUGUGGAGCACCAUUUUUAGAUGUGGAAAUGUUACCGGCUAAUGAAAGAUUUGUUAGAAAUCAGUGGACAAGAAAUGACAGAAACAUGAGUCACUUUUUCAUGAAAGCAUACAGCGACUUUGCAAGAUAUGGAAAUCCUUCCCACACACAAAUAUUGGGAUUACAUUUUGAAGAGUCAAAGCAUGGACAACUUAAAUAUCUUAAUUUGAAUACUACCUAUAAUUCAUCAAUAAUGUGGAAUUUUAGACAGACUGAAACUGCUUUUUGGUCCCAGUACAUCCCAACUUUAGUUGGACACCUCAUACCUACUUAUCCACCUACUACAGAAUUUUGGUGGGAACCAAGAGCACCUUUACAAAUAGCAUUUUGGAGUAUUUCUGGAAUAUGUCUGCUACUUAUUGUACUUCUAGUAAUUUGCUGUAUGCUAUGGAGGAACGCAAAGAGAUCAUCAGACAGAUAUUACAAUCCUUAUCUUUAUCCAGCAGAUACUGAUACAGAUAACGAAGGAAUUGAAAAUAACCGUAGAACUGAAGACAAUGAAUAUAUUGAAAAAUAUGGUUCUCGCUUGGUACCUCCACUCUCUAAUAGUGCUACCUCAUUUCAUAGCAUGUCUAUGAAAGAAAUGCAAGGUUUUGUAAAUAAAAAUGCAAAUGGUGAAACCCAUCAACAUAAAAAAGGCACGCCAGUUGUACCACCCAAAUUUAAUAAAUCACGAGAAUUACCAUUGGGUGUUCCUCAGACAGAUGUUUAAUAUAGGAAAUAAGUCUGUUAUGCAUAUCAUAACACAGAAGUAUGAUACUUACUUGUGUUUGUAGAAACAUGUUUUGUUAUAAGAUUUAUGUACAAAUUAUUUUUAAUCUGAUAUGACUGCCAGAGUAUGGGCUAGAUAAAUAAGGAAUAAAAAAACUUUUUUUAAUUAAAUUGCAACAUAUUUAUGUAUUAAAGAAUUAUAUGAGAUAUGGGUUUUGUUGAACAAGACAUUUAAGACAAUCAUUUUCUUUAUUUGAACAAAACGCCAAGGAAAAUCAGACUGAUAUGUACAAUGUGAUAUACUAAAUAGUCUACCCCAAUAUUUGACAGCUCAUGUUAAUUGUUGAACAAGAUAUAUUUUGGGACUCCAUUUUCUAUGUGUUUUGAUAUAAAAACACUUUUGGCGAACCACUAAGUGUUCAAUAUAAUUCCUAAUGAAAAGAAUAUUAAAUAAAUUUAUAAUGCAAAUAUUUGAUCGUUAAUGUUAAAUGACUUUUUAUGGUAAUACUGAACAUGAUACAUAUAAAACUACAGAUAUGAUAAAUUCAAUGGAAUAUGCAAUAUACACUUAUGUCAUUGCAAAAAUUUUUGUAUCCUGUAACAAACGAUUCAAUGAUGUUUCGACAUUUUUAACUAGAACUUGCUUGAGUAUCUCUGUAACAGACAAUAUCCAUCUUAAUCUAAUAAAACAAGUAUAACUUUGUACUUUAAUGUAUAUUCAGCUCUUAUGAGCAUAUUUUCAUAUUUUAAAAGGUAUCUUGUAUUUAGCUAUUGUUUAGUUUGGCUUUACUGAGUGUACUCCAUUCUACGAAUUUUUGUAUUUAUGUACACGAAUUCAUCGAAGCAAGAAUUUGCCAUGAAAUCUUUUUAUCCAAUUGACUAUGUGACAGAAUUUGAAUGUUCUUUUGCUUUAAUCAGUACGACAAAUCAAUAACUUAUUGUUAGCAAAUUUUUAGGUGUUUUUAGUACUGAACAUACUUUACUUUUACUACACCAACACUUCUCUUAUUGACUAUCUGACGUUCUUUUGCAUUUUGAUACCCAAGUUACUGUCUUGAAACAUGUCAGGUAAAUUAAAAUUACCAAUUAUAGCAAACUUUCUACGCCGAUGCACUCUCUUUCAAACGAAAAAUUCUACUUCAUACAAAAAAUCUCAAGUUCAAUUCUCAUAUAAGAAAAUAUAAAAUGGACUUUGAGAAAUAAGUUCUUUAUUUGUAUUUAAACUCUUCCACAGAAUUUCAAUAAUUUGAAAUUAUUAUUAUUGGAUAUAUUUUUUAACAAUUUUAUAUUACAUAUUAUGUUUUAUAGCAUACUUGAUAAUAUAAAAUUUUUCUUUCCGUCCAUAUUUUAAAUGCUUCUAAAAUCGCACUCCAACACAAACCAUUAGUCUCCUUAAUUUAUUUUCCUUCACAAUCUUUACAGCUAAUUUUGUAAAUAUUUUAAAGUAUUGUUGAAUAUAUAAACUAACAUUAAACCUACCAUAUAGAUAAGAUUUUCCAAUCAUUUUGAACAAGCGAGAUUAGGAGGUACUAGAAUAAAUUUCUCCUGUUUUUCGUUUAGAUACUGGAAAAAAGUAGUCUCACAAAGAUAUUUUUUCAUUAAUUAGUCAACGUUUUACUAUUAUUCCAUCAUAAUCAUUUAAAACGGCUAUGUGCUCAUUUAAAUUAUUUUCAUUCUUUCAUCUUCCGUGUUAAGUAGGAAAUUAAUAAAGGAAAUGGCAACUGACCAUUUUAGUUGGAAAAAUAGAAAAAAUCAACUUGAAUGUACCUGUAUGUAGCAGUGUUUAUUCUAAAUUAAACUCUGAUUUGUUUCUAAGUACUAUUGUAUCUAAAAAUGGUAACUAAUCAGUUUUAUUUUACCUUUAGUCUUUGAAGUUAUUGAAUCGCCGUUAGUGUAGUCAUAGUUAUCAGAAUGUUUAGUAUGAAUAUCACUAAUGGCUCCUGAACUUAGUAAACUUAGUAUUUUUUGGUAACGUUAGGUUGUAUAUCAGUUAAUAUUGUUAUGUAUGUAUGUAAAUCAACUAUUUUUGAGUUAUGUAAAAACUGAAAACUUGAGUGUUGAACGUUUGGAAAAUAUGUAAAAAUGCAAAAAUAUUCAUAUUCUAAGUAGAUCGUAUGAAAUAAUAUAUUUCUUUCUAAAGGCUAAUAACGAUGUGAUAUUAACAAUAGUAUAACUUAAAUAAUAAAUAUCUUAUACUUUACAUCACUCAAACAAUUAGCAAUACAAGAAACGGCAUAAACUCAUCUUUAAAAUCUAUAAUGCUUAGUUUCAGAAGUAACUAUGGAUGUUACCUACAUAAAAAAUUUUGAAUGCUUUUUGAAUCACUAUUUUUCAAACGUCAAUUUUAUUCUGUUACUAGUUUAUUUUUAUGAAAUUGAAUACGACCGUUGUAAUUAUACACCCUAUUAUUAGUAUAUAUAGUAUGACUAAUUGCAAAGUUGAGAAUUGUUCAUUUAAAUUAUUAUCAAAUCAUAAAUUAGAAGUUAUUUCCAUUCAAAGGUUUCAUAUACAUUUUACAAAUUUCACAAAUUUUUUGUAAUCAAUUUGUUUAUACUUUCCUUAGACUAUUAUAAGCAUUUCAUUCCUUAGUGAUUAUUACAUUUCGAAGAUUCAUCAUUUUAUCAUGGGCAAUAUUUCAUCUUCUGGAAAAGCAGUUAUCUGUCUCAUAAGAACUUAUAGUUACUACCAUUAACCUAUACUGACCUUACUCUAUAUUCUCAUUGUCUACAAGAGGUUUAUACGAAUCCUAUAUAAUUUUAAGAUUCCCUCUGCACAUCAUUUUACAAACUAUCCAAUCCCCUUUUUCCAAUAGAAAAUGACCUGUUUAAAUGAACAGUCUGCCCUUUUAACCAACGUGAUCUUCUUUGAGACUUAGAUGCUGCUCUAAAAAUUCAUUACCCCAAUUUUUUUUAUUACACCUAUUUAUAUAUUUAAUAAAGUUACUUGCAGACGAUUAUCUGAAUCCCAGUGAUUUCAUGAUUAUCGGUUUCCAUACUCUAUCCCAUUCCUGUGUAGUAUUUAAACUUGGAACUUCCAAGUUACAUUUCAAUAUUAUCUGUGAUGUCUUUCGUAUUAUUUCCACAAAGCAGGUUUUUCUUUUUUGUAUUUUUUACAUUUUUAUAAAAAUUGUAAUGUAAAUGUGAGAUUUUUAAUAAAUAAUAUAUUUAAAUAUUGA